AAACGUUAACCGUUUACACAAUCACUGAAUAUUAUAACACAGUGCGAUGCCCAACACACUGCACAGUAUUGUUUUCCGAGUUCGGACUAAUCUCGCCCGCCAUUUGUCUGUUCGCUGUCGUCCGAGUUGUCUGGGUUUUCCUGUUGCCGUAUAAUACCUAGAUAGGUAUAUACGUAUUUUUUAUUUUUGUCGCGCAUUGAAUAUCCGUACGUUUUCGACGUGUGUUAUUCUAUAAAAUAAAAGUAUAGGUAACACAUUAUUCCGGUUGGAAAUUUGUGAAACGAUCGGUCAACAGGCCGAACGAGCCGGAGACAGAAAUAUUUUUAAUCGUUCGCGUGUUAUUUUUAAGUCUGAGCUACCUACCUAUCCAACAUGUUUCACAAUACUUCUUUGAAGAUGAAUGACUCGAAUCUGUCGGAAUAUGAAAAAACUAUUAACAGAAACAUAAUGUCUAUGAGAGAGCAGGUUGGUACUUAACGGUAUAUUACAUAUAUGUAUAUGUAUAUAUAGGUAUUCGAAACUUUUGCUAUGGUUCGAUUUGUCUAAUUUUUUUAUGAACAGAAUCAUGUGGACAUCGGUUUAAUAGAAUCGUAUAUUUUCACAGCUCCAUGACUUGGUAGAAUCUGUGGAAAAAAAUGUCGCCGUUUUAACUGCGGAUAAGAAACGUAAACGAACAGCCGAACAGCCAAAACCAGAACGAAGUGUAACACCCAAACUUCGAAAUUAUGAACGUCCCACGUUAGUAAGGCGUUCAGCUCGACAUUUGAAAAACAAGUAAAUGCAUAUAUUAUAACAUCCAAUUUUUGUUAGUUUAUUGAUUAUUGAAUACAUUUGGUAAUGAUGCGAUAGACAUCGCGGUGGUAGGGGAGGUAAGAAAGGGCAUUUGCCACUCUAUCUUUUCAGAGAGUAUAUACAAAUAAAAAUGUAUUGUUUAAUUAAUUUAUCGUAAGGGUAUGUAAUAAGUAUAAAGAGAUGUAUUAUAAAACUUUCCCCAACUCCCAGAAAAAUUUUACUACUUGAUUUUUACUACUUUAUGUUUUUUUUCCGUCUAACUUUCCCUGCCGAUUAUCAAUAUUGCAGAGGUGGUUUCCAGUAAUAAUUUUUUUCUAGUUUGUUCAUUGAGUUGGUCUUUUUUUAAUUUUUUCAUUUCCCUUUUAGUUUUAUCAACAAUUGGGGGGGAAAAAAUUGAAAAAUAUGGACUUUAAUGGUUUCUGUUGUUAGCUCGAUUAAUCAGAGACUUGGGUUUUUUUAGGUCAUUCUAGCCGUGGUAUAAUUCUUACAAUAUUCUGACGAUUGUUGAACUAUUUAUAUCUAUUAAAAGUGGUCGAGUUUUUAUGUGGUUUUAUCUUUAUACGAAGUUAAAUUGUAUGGAUAUAAACCCAGCAAUAAAAGGUCGAACAUUUAGUGAGGUUUAUCUAGAAAAAAAAAAUUAUAAUAUUAUUUGUAGGCAUUCAUUUUUAUCUUUUUUUUUUUUUUUUUAUUGCGUUAUUUGAACGUAAAGACUUCAACAUCUAUGGUUAUUUCUAAUGCUAUUUUUAAAAUUAUUUUCGGCUGGUAAAUAAUACGUGAACAAAACCCAGUCACGCGGGAUUUCAAGAUUACGGUUUUCCGCAAACACUAAACGCCAAUAAUAAAUACGAUGAUAAUAUUAAUUUCCUACGAGUCCAUAAUUAACUCGCGAUAAUAAAAUCUAACAUUCGACAAUAAUUUAUAUUCUUAUUAAUAUUUUACAGUACCGUGUUUUUGUGGUGGGUGCGGUAGGGGAGACGAGGCAGUAUAACACUUACACAUACAGUCUGUGUAGUUUAUAACGCGAUACAUAUCCUAUGAAUUUUCCGUUCAAGUUCAGUUCAUAUUUCGAUGAAAUUAAGUAAGGAAAUUAAUAAAUUGCUAGAAAAAUAUAACACGCAAUCACAUGGGAAAAACCGCUCGAGGAUUAUCUGUGUUAAAAACGAGUUUUUUUUUUUUUUUAAUUUAAUUUAUACAAACAAACUCCAGUAUCAUAAUAUUCUAUAUUGGCGUGUUAAGAAAGUUUGGACGGUGGUUUAGAGCAACGUAGGUACAAGACAUGCGAUGAACACAGUGACGCAAUCAUCGAGAACGUUGGGUGUGCAAUUCACCGGUGCCCCCGGUUUUGUGGGGGUCCCUGAGAUCUCAUAUAAGUACGAUAUUCCUACCAUUUUUCCUAUCGAUAUAGGUAAUAUGUUAUAUAUUAUCUCAUUAUUAUUUUCUUUUUCGUUUUGAUAACAAAAUUGCGGGAAAUGUUGAUAAACAUGAUUCAUCUUAUCAGUAUCAAACCGCUACAAAAUGGAAACGUAUUUAACAUCGCGUAUUCGUUGCAUAUCGGUAUGAACCUCUAGAUGUUAUUUCUCUGUUAUCUAUUUACAUCGUCUCACUGUGUCCCGUGCCUGGAUCAUAUACAAUGGAUAGAGCUACUUACUAAAUAUUGAAAGCAAACACAACUUAGGGAGUUGGUAUAUGACCUAAAGGCCCCGUGUCUCAAUUUGUCCUUCUCUCUCCUGUACAUAAUUACGAGUACCUGUGAGACACCUGUAUACCGUAUAGCCAUAUUAUACUGUAUAGGUACCGGAUAACCGUAUUCUGUAUAGGUGCCGGAAAUCAGAAUGCGGGUAUAACGUAUAGACUAUAAUUGAAACUUCUUAUAUUAAUUAUUAUACAUAGUGUUGGUGUGUAUAAAGGUGCCUUCACAACUUGCCGUGAAAUGUGAUAAUUUACAAUUUAUUCACCAUGAUUGAUAUAAUUCAGAAUAGUUAAAUCAUUAUCAUUAAGCUGUGGUGAACGCACAGCAGGUAAACGGUCCGUCCGAUUAGGAUUAUACUUAACUAUCCGAUGUAAGCGGUACAGGAAAGAUAUUAAAAUCAAAAAUGAUGAUUGACCACUGGUUAACCACUACAAAAUAACCACAUGGUUCAACCAAUCGCAGUCUUAGAAUAUUUCACGUUUCACGAUAAGCUGUAAAGGCACCUUAAGUCGUGACAAUACGCGUUUGGCGAUAAUAAGACAUAAAAACCUAUCUAUUUAUAGAAUUCUUGUAUAGCCGGUAUAGACCCUGUCUAGAAAUUUUUACAUGGCCCCUUAUUAACAUGUUGUGCCACUAGGUGAACAACUGGCCAGUCCAGAUUAUUACCACUAUUUGUAUUAUAGAAAUUAAUUAACAAAAGUUUACAAAUAUUCAAAAUUGUUACAAAAUGAAUUACAUGAUACCGAAUGGUAGCGAGUCAGAACUAUUAUAACACGGUGGCGUCAGAGUAAUGCUAUUUCGUUAUUAUUUUGUUGAGGUGUAAUGACGGCAAACAAUAGCGGGCACUAGUUGGGCGAUAACGAACGAGGGACCAUUAUAAUAUUAUACAUAUAGUAAAUAAAUGUAUAAAUAAAAAAUGUAUAUAAAAAAUAAAAUUAAUAAAUAAAUGAAUUUAACAUUGGAGUGUUUUAUUCGAAUUAAAAAUUCAUCAGGUAUAACACAAUAGGUUAGGUUAAGUUUGUUGUAUAAUACACUAAUCAUAAAGCUUCAGAGGACGCAUUCAUUCAUUUAUUUAUUUUAUUUUUAUUUAUAUAUUUUAAUAUUUUUUUUUUUUACUUUAUUAUUUUAUAAUAUAGUCAGUGACGUGUUAAAUCAUGUUCAGCCUAAAGUGGCACACACCGGGUGAUCCAUUUAAGUACACUUAUUAUCUCGGAAAGUAUUUAUUUUUUUCGGAAUUUGUUUUUUAGAACAUUCAAGGAACAAGCAGCUCUACAAUUUUAUAUUUAUGUUAGUUUUAUGUGGUAAAACCGCUUCCUACUUUUGAUUUUGGAAUGGCAAUCUAUAUAAAAAAUUGCACAAAAAGAUGGAGUAAUAGUUAAAAUAAAUUUGAGUGUUGAAAGUUUUGAUUUUUAUCAAACCAUUGACGAGAUAUUCCACUUCUUUUAAAUUUGGGUUGGAAGAGAGUAGUGGUGCAUUAUUAAUACACCGCGCACCGUACCACAAAUGAUACUCCAUUACUCUCUCCAACCCAAACUUAAAAGUGGAAUAUCUCGUUAAUGGAUCGACGGAAAUCUAAAAUUUUAACUAAUACUCCAUCUAUUUAUAUAAUUUUUAAUAUAGGUUGCCAUUUGAAAAUCAAAAACAGGUAGGGGUUUUACCCGCAAAAAUAACAUAAAUGUAAAAUUUGAGAGCAGCUUUUUUCUUAAAUGUUAUAGAAAACAAAUAACGGAAAAAGUUAAUACUUUCCGAGAUAAUGAGUAUACCCAAUUGAAUGGAUCACCUGUAUACGACUAUUCGAGAUUACCGAUUGCCCAUGAUUUCAAAAAAAAGAAAUGCCAUCGUUUUCUACUCCGGAAAAUUGUCCUUUUUAUAAUAGGCGAUUUUAUUCUGAAACUAAAAUUAUAAGCGGUUUCUACGCAGUCUGCAUAAGGUAGAUUUUGCUAUUAUCGCCUGUUUGUUGAACAGCACAAUUUGCGGGUAUUACGUUUUCUUAAUAAGUGUAAUACAUUAUAAUAUACUAGCAUUAUAAUUGUGCUUUAUGGUUUUUUAAAUGGGAAAACGGCCAUUGUAUUUUAUAGAGUAUAAUAUAAAUAGUACCUACGUAACAAAGAUGGAAAAUAUAGAAAUUAUAACGCUCUUUUCUUUUUAUAGAGUGAACGUCGCUUUAUCCUACGUAAACAUGACUAGGUAGUACCUAUACGAAUGAUCUCUAUUCUGGCCGUUCGGUGUGAUAAAAUACAAGCUGUGGUUUUGUUCGCUUUUGUCGCGUUUACAUUGAACAUCACCUUGUAAUCUCUUUUGAGAAUUGAAUAUCUCCAUCGCCUUCAUCCUAAUUGUUCGAAGUUGGCCACUUUCGUUCCAAACUUCUACCGUCUACCCGAUCUAUCUACCAUCUCGCGUACACAGUCUUUCCUCGCAUCAUUCUCAAUCCCAUCCAACCAACUCUUUUUCGGUUUUUCUCUCAACCGUUUUCUAUUUACGUUUAUAACGAAUAUCUUAAUAAAUCGUAAGUAAUUUUGUCGAGAGCAAACAAAAAUUAUGCGUACGAAUAAAUAGUUUUGUAAUUAGUGAAAAAGUUUUAUUAAAAAAAAAUAGGCCACACUAAUUCAUAAAAAUUUAAAAAAAAGCAGAUCUAGGAACUGGUGUGCCAUUGUGUUAUUGUAGGAGGUAAGUUGGGAAGGUAGGAUACAUAAAGUUAUUUAAUUUAUAAAUGUAAGCAACAAUGAGCCUUUGCUAAAAAAAACGGUUCUGAGUGGAGUUCAAGUAUACAUGUUUUUUAAAAGGUAUAAUAUUUACGAUUUUCAUCAAAAUUUGAUAUUUUAUUUUAUUUAUUUAAAACUUCAUAAUAAAAUAAAUACCACAUUAUACUUAAUUUUUUUUUUGCCACUAAGUACAACUUGUAAUGAAUCUCCCGUUCAAUUUUCAAGCAUAUCUGUUUGGUCAAAUAAUUUUAUCCACUGAAUACCUACCAAUAAAAUAACGUAAAACAAUUUACAAAAUUGAAAUGUUUAUAAAUAUAUUGAAAAUGGCUCAAAUGUUUUUAAAAUUUUACCACAUGUAGAAAAAGUAAAUAUAAAAUUUCUGUAAAAGUUUUAAGUCUACAAAUAUUUUAAACUGAAUUACAAAAAAAAAAAAAAUAUUAUUUUCAUAAAUUUUCCUGUUCUAUCUAAACUUUUUUUCAGUUUUGAUUAAUUAUUAAAAAAAACGACAUAGAAAAUCAAAAAAAUGGGUUCUCUAAUUUUAUUGGUUAUUCGCUUUAUAUUUUUGGAGCAUAUGAUUUGCUUUAGUAAAAUAGUAUUAUUUAAUUUUCUGGGAUUUGAUGACUAUCAAGUGUCUAAAUUGGAAUGAAUAACCCCACAAUAAUGUUGUGGUUUAGUCUAGCUAUUAGUCAAGAAAAUAAUAAUUCAUUUUUUAACUAUUGUGUACAAUUUUUUUCCUUUAAUCUGUUACUUGUAUGUGCUUUUAUAAUUCAGGGAAACACCAAAUUAUAAUGAAGAAAGUGAUAAUGAAGGGGAAACAAACAGAUUAAUUCGAGGAUCAUUAUGUAUAAAGUUCCCGUGGUUUAAAUCAAAUGGAAGUAAAAAACAAGUCGAUGAGUACUAUAAUGCUCUACCUAAUAAUGGCGAUGAAGAUGAGAUUUAUGAACAGUGGUAUAAUUAUGAUGAACCUGUAUGUAUUAAAUAUCAUUUAAAUUGCUAAAUAUACUAUGUAACACUUACAUGAUAUUUUAAUAAAUUAUAAUUAAUGUGUAGCGUUCAAAAAAAAGAAGAGGAAGGAAUACUAAAGUGGAAACACCUAGAUUGUCAGUAUCUCAGGUGACAGAUGAAAUGUUAGAAAAUAUUGAGUAUAACUCAAGUAACAAAAAAUAUAGUGAUAAAGGUACAACAUGUCAUCAGUGCAGGUAAAUAUUAAUAAAUAUAAUAUAAUUAUUUGCAGAAUGUAUAGUAAUUGCAUAUUUUUGUCUGUGUCUUAAUUAAUUUGUGGUUCCUUUAUUAUAUUUAUAUAUAUAUUUUUUCAUAUUUAGUAAUUUCCUUAAUAAUUUAUGUGCAUUUUAAUUAUUUAGAUUUUAGAUUCUGAGUGGAGCGAGGAAUGUAUUGGUUUUACAAUAAUGUUGAAUUUUUUUAUGUGAACACUUUCUACCUGAAAGCUUACUCCAAUUAUCAAGUAUAGCUCCUUUUCUGAAAGGAAAUGUUCUCUGGGUGGUACUUUAGACAGAUUAUUUUUUUGGAAUUCUUAUUAAUAUUUGACAUAACGAGGAAAACUUGGUUCUUUAGGUUAAAAAGAUUAGAUGAUUAAAAACCAAUUGUCAUUGGCAACUGUUUUUAUUAUUUUAUUCAUUUUUAAAUAAUCAUUUUUGUUAUGGAACCUCACAUUGCUGUAAUCAUUUUACCAUAAUAUGACAUAUAUAUUGUUGACAAGGCAACACUAUCAACUGAACUCCACUGAAAAUCAUUUUUCGUUAGCUAGUUGGUUUAUUGUUGCUUAAAGAUAUACAUUAAAUUUUUGUCUGUAUUCUACAGUCCCAACUUCCCACCUACAACAGUGGCUGCACCUGUCUCCAUUAUCUUACCUUUUUUUAUUUUAAGUAUAAUGAAUCUAAAACAUAAAAAUUAUAUGUAAACUUAAUAUUAUUAAAAAAUUAAAAUUAAAAAAUAAAUAUAAAAUUUUUCAUUAUAUAUGUGUAAAACUAUUUUUAACCUCAAUGAAUAUAAAUUUUUAUAUUUCAAAUUGAUUUGUUUGUUUUUUUUUUUUAUGUGUUACUAUAGUCUAUAUUAAGUACUGUAUUUUUAAUGUUUGGUGAAGUAUACUCACUAAAUUUUUAAUUUUGACUCACUUUAUUUACCAAAAUACUUAUGAUUCUCACUACUUUUUAGACUAGUAGUCUGUGGAAAGCCUGACUUUUAGAAUGAAAAUUGAACUAUGGAGGUACUAUAAGGAGGUUAUUUUUUAAUUUUCCUCGUAAUCCGCUCAGAAUAAUUUUUUCGUUAGUAAUGGUUUAUCGUUCCUUAUAGAUAUAUAUCAAAUUCCCCCUCUUCUAUCUUCCCAACUUCUUUCCUAUAACAGUGGCUGCACCUAUUCCUAUUAUCUUAGGACAGCUUUUUUUAAAAUUAUAAAUUCGAGAUCAUAUAACACUUCUUGUAUUAUAAUUUUUUUUAAACAAUUUAAACUUAAGACUUGGAAGUCUGAAAGUUUAUUAUUACAUAACCAGUGCUCAAAUUGAUACAGGGAGGUAGGAAACAGAGCUUUUCUACUUAUUUUUUUUUUUUUAGAUUUAAAACCCUUCAAGAAUUUGUUGAAAUUAUUUUUUCACGAUUUUGCUGUUCAAGGAGUUGCCAUUCAAGAUUUUAACAUAGACCUGUAGUUAAUAGUUAAUAGUUAGUUGAGAUAACAAGUGUCGAAAUUCCUGAAAAUAAAGAAAUUGCCACAUUCAUAAUGUUUUCAUCUGUUGGGUUGCUGUUCUAUAUAAUGAAUAUAAUAGAAUUUUAACAAUCCUAAAUGACACAUUUUUUUGUGACUAAUCAGAGUUCCUCUACUUCAAUUUUCCCAAUUUGAGCACUGUACAUAACUAUAACUAUAACUAUAUAACUACUCAAUUUAAGCUCAACAUCAUUAUAUAUCAGGUUAUUGAUAUGCACUGUUAAAUAGUUUCAUUAAUAUUUGAAAUAAAAACAAAAUAAAUAUAAAUACAAAUAAUGAACAUUAUUUAUGAUAUUAUAGUGCAAGUAUAUAAUUUAUAGUUAAAACAAUGAUAAUAAUGAUAUUGCUGUAUAUGCCAACACAAAUAUAAACAAAUUGUUUAUAAGUUUAAUCACCAAUAUUUUUAAGUACGCCAGUGAAGAAAAUAAGCGGAGGCAACAUAAUGUAAAUUAUAUGUAAGGCCAUUUGAGGUGAAAAAGGAAGUGUGGCAGUUUUUGGUUUGAGUGCCUAUGAGUAGAUUGACUAAAGGAAUUCAUGUAUUAUUUGUGUUUUUUAAUAAAAGGUCUUUUUAGAGUAUAUUCUUAUUCUGUUUUUGAGUAGUCUCAUCACUUUUUAUUUUAUUCCGAUUCUGAUCUGAAAUUGAUUAAUUCAUGGUCUUUGAGGAUAAGAUCUAAAUAAUUAAGUAGUUCUAUCAACUUUGGAGUAUGGAACUGAAAUUGAUAAGUUCAUGGUCUUUUUGAUUGCUUUAGUUUGUGAUUGAGUGAUAUUCUUGAUAUCAAAAAGGGUAUAGGACCGAUUAAACAUUGUUAUCGUUAUUAUCAUCUUUAAGUCUAUGUAAAUAAGUAAAUAGAAUUUUAUUUUUAAAAUCAGUUUGUAUAUUAUUUAAUAUACUAUUAUUGAAAUAUUUGAAACUAUUGGUUUUUAUUUCAUUAUGAAUGUGAUAACUUUCUAAUACUGAAUUUAAAUAUUUAUUAUUUUGAGUACACAUUGAAUAGAAUCUUUUUCAAUGUUUUGUGAUAGAUGGCCCCUUUCUGAGACAUAUUUUGAAAAGUUUUAUUUAAUCUUAUUUUUGCUAUAUAUUUUUAAAAUUUCUAUCUGUUUUACUUAUAUAUAUUUAUAUAUCUUGGUCCCAGUUUACUAAAUUCAUUUAUUUUAUUUGUUAAUAUUGUGGGUUUUGAAUGCUGGUUUAUUAAUUUGGUUACUAUUUUUAUUGUUGUUUUGCAAGAUUUGAGAUUAUUAGUUAAAAAGCUAUUAUAUUUUUUAUUAAAUUAAUGUUAUUUCUAUUAGUAAUGAUGAUAUUUUACUUAUUUUUAAUGCAUAUUAUACCUAUUGUUGAAUUUCAUUAUCAAUGCUAUUAAUAUCCUAUUAUGGAUUUUAAAUUUUGUUUAAAAAACUCAAAUUUCUAUUUAGAGUCCAUAAAUUAAUUUGUUACUUAUUUAUUAUAAAUCUUAGUUUAUGUUAAUAUUUUAUAGAUAAUAUAAAUACUAAUUAUGGGUGUUUAAAAGUGUGAUUAUGUUUUAAUUUUUUUCAGGCAAAAGACAUUGGAUCAAAAAUCAUAUUGCCGUUAUAAGGGAUGCAGAGGUGUCAGGGGAAUGUUUUGUGGAUUUUGUUUGGGAAAGAGAUAUGGUGAAAAUGUUGCAGAUGUUCUUAAAAAUCCAGUAAUUUUUAUAAUAUGAUAAUAUUAUGAUUUAUAAUAGUAUACUUUGUUGUAUUUCAUAAUAACUAGGAUUGGAAUAUGUUACAAUAUUAACUCAAUACUUUUGAUGGUCAUACCAGUUAUUUUGUAACUUAAAAACAUCAAUUUAACAUAUAGGAUGAUUCACUGCAUGCUUACCCCAUUUAUUUGGUUACAUUUUGCAUAUACUCUAAUAUAAUUAUGAUUUUUGGAAUUUUUUUUUAUCAACUAUUAGGUAUAUUUUGUACAUAAGCAACAAUAAACCAUUGCUAACAAAAAAACUAGUCUGAGUAGAGUUCAAUUGAUAGUGAUGCUUUGUCAGCAAUAUAUAUAUAUAAGCCAUAUUAUGUGAAAAUAUUUAAAUAGGCAUUAUACAUUUUCUUUAAUAAUAUUAAUUUAAUAUUGUAUCUACUGAUGAUUUUUCUGUUUUUCCUACAUUUAUUUUAGUUAUCCCAUGUUUUUUUUCUGUUUUCACAUUGAAUAAAUGUGAGUUGAUAAAACUUCAGAAAUAAUCGAAAAAUGAUCUCCCUAAAGUACAUUUCCAACAAAGUUAUCUUUUAAGGAAAGUUGCUACAUCAUAUAUAUUGGAGCAAGAUCUCUGGUAGAAAAGUUAUCCACAGAUAAAACAGUUGUAGAGCCAUACGUUUCUUUGCUUCACUCUGAAUCUAAAAUGAAAGUUAUGUGUAAUUUAUGAAAGGACUGUAAACAAUUUUUAUCCUUUAUUUGAUAAAUGUCUAUAUAGUAUGGGGCCCAACAAAUUUAAAUUUGCCCCUCCAUGUUUUAUCAAAACUACUACUAGUGUGUUGAUGUAACUAUUAGUAAAAUAUUUUGAACUUUUACUUAUAUUUAUAUUUUAUAUUUUUAGUCCAAACGUCAUAUAAAUAAUAUAAAUCUGUAAUAUAAGCAGUAUAUAAAAGGGGGGGAUAAUUUUGGAUGUUACAACCCCCACAGGUUUUUUAUCUAUGAAAACCUAUCAAAAGUUACAAUUGAAUUAAUAAGUGUGUCCUCUGAAAUCAAAUGUAUUGUAGGCCCUUUUUUUAUGCAACAGUCAAAAGCAUAACAAUAUUUAAUGUCUCAAUUAUAAUAAUAAUAACAUGAGAUUAUAGAUAAAAAAUUAAUUAAUUAGUAAUUGUUUAACCGACCUCUGAUGGUUGAUUAACUUCCUGUAAUCAAUUGUUAAGGAGUUAACAGACACUGUACAACAGGCCAAAGGUCUUAAUCAUUGAUUAUAAUUUAAUCAUUGUUUUCUAAUUGUACAAUUAGCCCUUAUAGUUUCACAGAAUAUUAACCAAGUUUUUAUUCUGCAUAAGGCAACAGGCACACAGUGGUGUUCUGUGAUAAAUCUCGUGGAAUUUUCGAAUCAAACGUAUUUAAUACUUUUAUUUUCCCAAUGAAUUGUUUAAUAUCAUUAAUUUUUUUAUCGUGAUUUUGAUUCCACUCCCAAACUAUCUUUUUUCUUUAACUCUCUCAAUGGGCUGAAAUCUCAGCUAUAUUUGGCACAAACUCUGAUAUAAUUAAUUAUAACCAUUACCAUUAUAAUUUUUUUAUUUUUUGGUUAACUUAACUAUGGACUCUAUUCAUUCCUUAUCAUACUUUAUUCUAUUUUCAUUUGACAGAAAAUCAAGACAUUUUACCUCUUAAAUAUAAUUAUAAUUUAAUAUUUAAUGAUCUUGCUCUCUCUAAUAUCUGAUUAUGUCCAUCCAAAGUUUUAGCACAUAUAAAUAAAUAUCAUCAAAAUAUCUGUAUAUUAAUCUUUGAAAUAUUUCUAGAGUAGAAACCAAAUUCAAUAGUCUAAAGCUAAUCUCUUAAACUGAUAUAAUGCCAAAUCCUCUACUAAAAUUGAAAAACAUGCUUGAUUUUUUUUAUCUAACACUGAUAAAAUCUGCUAUUAUUAUCUAAUAUACUGAACAAUUUUGUAUUUAUCAGUUGGACUUUAAUCUCCUGUAAUAUUGAUAUCUGAUGAUCCUCUAACUAUUUACUUAUUUAAUUUUCAUUACAGUCUAAACAAAUAUAUAAACUCUUAUAUUUUUUAAUCUAAAAUCAUUGUAUUACUUACCUACUCACUCAGUUCAUUUAAUAACUAUUUUACCUGUCUCAAACAAGGGGUCUUUCUUGCUUAACACAAUUUUGUAUUGUGCUACAUUUUUUUAAUUUCACAGUAACUAUUUAUGAAAAUGACCCAAUUCUUUGACCGCAUCUUCAUUUUUAUGUAUGACUUUGGUCCUUUUAUUUAAUAAUAACAUCUGAAAAUAGUUCUGACUAACUGACCUAUCUUUGCAUUUUCAAUUUAUUAUUUUAGUUUUCUGCUAUCAGUUAAACCUAAUAUUGAAUUAAAAACCACAUAUCAACCUCUAUAAAUUUAGUUUCAAUUACAAUUGUAAAAUUAGUUAAUAUUACUGUUUUUCUCCAGGCUCAACUAUAAAAAUUUCAAAAGUCCCUAAUCUUUGGUUCUCAUUCUUAUAGUUUGACCUUAAAUUUAUUGCACAGGUUUAAUAGUAUUACAUUUACUUGUGUACUUUAUCUACUCUUAUAUUCACUCUAUAUCCAUUUAUAUCAAUAGUUUCCUCCCAGCAAACUCAGUACUACAAAUUUAUUUUGUAGGCCCCUGAUUAUUUCUUCAACUUAUUUACUCUAUUUCUUUUAUUAUUACCAUAAUAAUUUAAAGUUUUUAUACUAUAACACUUUCUAAAAUAAUUAAAUUUUGUACAUUUCUUACUAUAAGCAUACUAUUUAUUUAUACCAUGUGUAAAACUACAUUUGCUACAAUUAUGUAUUACCUCUACUUGCCAGUUUCCAUUUUGACCAAUUCUGUUUGAUUGACCAUUACCAUCCCUUCAACCAUUUUAUCCAGAUCUAAGUUUUUUCUCUGCAUUCUUGAUUUGUAACUUAUAUUUUCAUAGCCUGAAGACAAUGAAUUUUAGUAUGUCAUUUUGUUGUCCAUGGUAUCAAAAUAACAAGGUUAUACUUGAAUGUCUUUAGGUUAGUGUAAAAUUGAUCAUUUUGCUUCUGUGAAAAAACAAAAAUAUUCUAUUACCUUAUAUGUUUUAGUAUAUAAUAGGUUUCAAAAGUUAUCAAAACCUUUUCAGCCUUUUCAACCUUGAAUGUAUUGCAUAACCUAUAUGGUUCUGGUACAGCUGAAUUUAAAACUUCAGGUAUCUUUAUCUUCUCAUUUUUAAGUCAGUUUCAGUAACCCUAAAAUAAAUAUUCUCUGUCUGAACCUUUAAAAAUUUCUUCAAGAUAUUUUAUGCUAAGUUACGAGGGCUUGACUUAUUAAACUUUUUUCUCUUAUUUGUAUCCACAACUAUUUUGAUUGAUUAGCACUAUGUUGUAUUUAUGAUUUCUAAAAUUCUAAUAAUUUAUAAUAUAAACAAUACAUUUAUACAAUUAUACAAUAUACAGCCUAUUUGAAAACCAUGUGUAUGUAUGAACCAUCAUUAGUUAACCAUCUUUUCAAAAACAACUUAUCACUAUUUAAACUAAAUUAUAGGUAUCACAUCAUACAGUGAUACCAACUACUACAACAUACUUAAUUAAAUACAAAUAAUAUUUUUUAUUUUUAUGUUUAAAGAAAUGGGCAUGCCCACCAUGUCGGGGAAUUUGUAAUUGUAGCAUAUGCAGACGAAGAGAAGGCAGAGACCCAACUGGUCAAUUGGCACAGUUUGCUAGUUCUAGGGGAUUCAAGUCUGUCAGACAUUUGUUAAUCACUACUGAGGGAGAAAACACGGAGAAUAACAGUAACAGUGAAUCUGAAAAUGGGUUUGUGGAUGAUGAAGAUGAUAAAAAUGAUAAAGAUAAUGAAGAUGAUGAAGAUGAUAAAGAUAACGAUGAUUAUGAAGAUGAUGAAGAUGAUAAAGAUAACGAUGAUUAUGAAGAUAAUGAAAUGUCUAUGGUUAUUGACAAAAAUGAUUUAAAUGGUGCCAAUGAAGGUCAAAAUGUAAUUGCUGAUGAAUUGGCUGGUAGCAGUAAUGCAGAUAUUCCAAAGAGUAGUGAGGGUAUCCUCGAUGCAAUUUACAAAGAACUGUUUCCAUUUCAUUAAUAAAUCAUUGACAUCCAAAAAACACAUUAUUAUUAAAUUAUGAGUUAUAAUAAUUAGGCAUUAAAUAUCAAAUGAUAAUUUUAUUUGAUUGAAUAUAUAUAUUUUUUUUUUUUAGUGUUAUAUUGAUAAAUAAUAAGUAUAUGUAGAAUAUUUUUACACUUUCAAUUGGAUUUUGAUUUCUUUAACUGAUUACUUAAUUCAUUUUGAAAAAAAUCUCAUAUUAUUUAUUUUAAUUCUAGAAAGAAAUGUUACUCUUUAAUUAACAUUUUGUAUGCAUUUAAUAUAAUUAACAAGAUAAUUUUUUUUUUUUGUUUUUGUCAAAUAGUG